AUGUCUUUAGUACAUGCCGACUCAGUUAUUCGACCUACCAAACCACCAAAUGUUCCAUCUCCUAAGGCUUCUCAUGCUCCUAAAGCGCCGCUAAUACAACCAAUUACUCUGUCAAGUUCAACAACGGUUACUGAAAAACAACAACAAAAGACUUCAAAUGCUGCAAAUAACAGCAACAAUAGAGGCUUGAAUGGGGAUGCUAAUGCCAAUAACAAUGCUGAACCUGAAUUAAAAUUGACAGGAUUUGUUGGUUUUGAUUCGUUGCCAUAUCAAUUUGUACGAAGAUGUCAACAGAAUGGGUAUAGAAUUUUUUUACGGGUUUUGUUAGUGGGUUUUUACAAGGAAUGGGCCUUUAUUGGGGUAUUGGCAUUUAUUUAUUAUGAGCCGUGCUGGGUGGUCUUUUAUUCGGGAUUAGCUUCUAUUAGGACAUUUAUAUAUUUUUCGUCAAAAUUCCCUCAAAUUUUUAAAAGUUUUCAAUUCAAUCUUCUUUGUGUUGGUGAAACUGGUAUUGGUAAAACAACAUUAGUUGAAUCACUUUUUAAUAUGAAGAUGGAAUUUGCUCCGUGUGACCACGAAUUGAAUACUGUUGAAUUACGUACAAGAGUUUUAGGUUUUCUUUUUAAUAUUUUUGGAGUCCGAACCCGGGCCGAGAUGUGGUAUAGCCCUGAAUUCGGUUGCACUAUUUUAUUAAAAUUUGGGUUUUGUGGUUUACUCAGGAAACCUCGCCGGUUUUAUGUUGCUGAAGGAGGAGUCCGUGUAAAACUUCGAGUUGUUGAGACAGCAGGAUUUGGUGACCAAUUAGACAAGGAGAAAAGUGCACGCGUCAUUGUCGACUACAUUAACAGUCAAUUUGAGGGCUAUUUGAAAGAAGAAUUAAAAGUUAAACGCAAUUUGACCAAAUUUGACGACACUAGAAUCCACGCAUGUCUUUACUUGAUAUCUCCAACUGGACACGGGUUAAAGGCAUUGGAUUUGUUGACACUUGGAGAAUUAUCUAAGCGUGUCAACGUCAUACCUUUAAUUGCUAAAGCAGACACAGCUUGUAAGGAUGAAUUGGUUCGAUUUAAGCAAAAGAUUAUAAGCGAAUUGAAAGCUCAUAAAAUUGAAAUUUUCCAAUUUCCAAUUGAGGACGAGACAGUCCGUAAAGAAAAUUCUGCAUUGAAUGCACUUUUACCGUUUGCAAUUGUUGGAAGUGUUGAUUUUGUUACUAAAGAGGAUGGACGUGUUGUUCGAGCUAGACGUUAUCCUUGGGGAAUGGUUGAAGUUGAAAAUGAAGAGCACUGCGACUUUGUACGUCUUCGUGAAGCUAUUUUACGUACAAAUCAGGAUUCGUUAAGAGAACAGACACACAAUGUUUUGUAUGAGCGUUAUCGACGUGAAAGACUUAGACAAAUGAAAAUGAGUGAUGGGGAUGCUGGACCUAAAAUGAUGGAAGCUUUUGCUCAGCGUCAAAAAGAAUUAUUGGAAGAGUUUCAAAAAUCUGAGGAGCAACAUCAAAAGGAAUUUUUGUUGAAAGUUAAUAAGAAAGAAGCAGAAUUGAAACAUCAUGAAGACAUGUUAAAUAUUCGACAUAACGAAAUUGACUCUGCAUAUCAACAUGAUUUAAAAAUGGUUGAAGCUCAAAUUAAUAGUCUUCUUGAAGAAAAGGCUAAAUUAGAAUCUAAAGGGAAGAAGCGAUUGAAAUAA